AAAACUUGUUUAAACAAUUGUAGUCAGAAAUGCCUCAGCAAGAGUUUUGUAGAUCAGGGGAAAAAAAAUGAACUAUUCAGUAUGAUGGGGGAGAUGAAUGAUAGAUUUUACUAUGUGUAUAGUUGCGACCUCGAUGUAAACUUGCAGAUAAAAAUAGGGACACUUGAAGGAGAGAGACAGCGACCAGACUACAAGGAUCUCCUGAAUGAUCCCAUGCUGAAGUUUUCCGGGGUGUAUGGAGAUGGAUGUUCAGAUUUAUUUGUCACCUGCCAGGUGUAUGCUGAUGGCCACCCUCUGUCUCUGUCCAUGAGCACAUCUUACAAGGCAUUCAGCACCAGGUGGAAUUGGAAUGAAUGGCUAACACUUCCAGUUAAGUACAGUGACCUGCCUAGGAAUGCCGUUCUGUGUCUGACAAUACAGGACAUUUAUGGAACAAAUAAGUCAAUCCCCGUUGGCAGCACAACCAUUCCCCUAUUUGGUAAAAGAGGAACAUACAGGCAAGGCAUGCAUGACUUGAAGGUGUGGACAAACACCCUCCCGGACCCAAACGUGAAUUCUGCCACCCCAGGGAAAAUAAAAGACAAUAAGGACCAAAUGAGCAAACUAGCCAAGCUGAGCAAGAAACACAGAGAUGGGCACAUGUUAAAAGUGGAUUGGCUGGACAGACUAACAUUCCGUGAGAUUGAAAUGAUCAACGAAAAACAGAAGAGGGACUCCAAGUUCAUGUACCUGAUGAUUGAGUUUCCCUUCAUACAUUAUGAUGAUGUGGAGUACACGGUUGUCUAUUUUGAGAAGGAUGGAGAUGAACCAUUUGUUUUCAAAACAAUAGCGGAACUAGUCCAAGUCCCCGACCCUGAAAUUGACAUGGAAAAUCUAGUGGAAAGUAAGCACCAUAAAUUGGCCAGAAGUCUGAGAAGUGGCCCAACAGAUCGGGACAUGAAGCCUGAUGCCAAAACCAGGGAUCUGCUCAAUGAAAUUGUCCGGUAUCCACCCACAAAAUCUCUCACAUCAGAGGAGGAAGAUUUGGUAUGGAAGUUCCGGUUCUAUCUGUGUAACCAGAAAAAGGCUCUGACAAAGUUUCUAAAGUGUGUGAACUGGAAACUCCCUCAGGAGUCUCGUCAGGGAAUUGAGCUGUUAACCCGCUGGAGCCCCAUGGAUGUGGAGGAUGCAUUGGAGCUCCUGUCUCCUACCUUCUCUCACCCUACAGUCAGGAAGUAUUCUGUCUCCAGACUCAGGCAGGCUGACGAUCAGGAUCUCUUGCUGUAUUUGCUGCAGUUGGUACAGGCUUUGAAGUACGAAGACUUUGAUGAGAUAAUGAGCCACAACGACAGUGUAUCAGAAAGGAAAGAUUCUCUGCAUGAAUUGGCUGUUACAGAUAAAAGCAGAACUACCAGUGGUCUUUCUCAUGCAUCUUCCAAUGAGUCCAUCAUUGAUGCCUUAGGUAGAUCAUCGCCAUCUCAGCUGGAGAGUCCGGAGUCCAAACUGGAGAGAGAGAUGGAUUUAACCAGCUUUCUGAUCUCCAGGGCGUGUAACAAUUCCUCUCUUGCCAAUUAUUUAUACUGGUAUUUAUCUGUGGAAUGUGUAGAUCCUAAUGGCCUAGAUAUAAAAGAUUCGAAGGUGACCAAAAUGUACCAGCACGUCUUGAAGAGAUUCUCUCAAGCACUGUUCAAGGACAGUACUGAGUCCAGGCAGAGGCGGUCUAUGAUUGCUCGGCAGCAGACGUUCAUAGAUAGACAGGUGGAUCUAGUCAAAUCUGUGAUGAGAGAAAGUGGUAACAGAAAGAAAAAGAUAGAGAGGUUACAGGCCUUGUUACAUGAUGCGGAGGCAUGUAAGUUUGACUUCUCUAAUUUCGAGCCACUGCCACUACCACUAGAUCCAGACAUCAAGGUGUGUGGAAUUGUAGCAGAAAAGGCAACACUUUUUAAGAGCAAUUUAAUGCCCUGUAAAUUUGUCUUCAAACUGGUGGAUGGUGGAGAAUAUACAGUGAUGUUUAAACAUGGAGAUGACUUGAGGCAGGAUAACCUCAUUCUGCAGAUCAUCACAUUGAUGAAUAAGUUGUUAAUGAGAGACAAUUUGGAUUUGAAGUUGACUCCAUAUAAAGUUCUUGCAACCAGCUGUAAGCAUGGUUUUGUUCAGUUCGUGGAGUCAGUGGCUGUGGCCGAGGUUCUAAAUCAGUACACAGGGAUACAGAAUUUCUUCAGAACCCAUGCUCCGUGUGAAAACACACCCUAUGGGUUUCAGCCCGAAGUCAUGGACAAUUUUGUGAAGAGUUGUGCUGGGUACUGUGUGAUAACGUACCUGUUAGGAGUUGGAGAUCGCCAUUUUGACAAUUUGUUGCUGACUAAAACAGGAAAGUUAUUCCAUGUAGACUUUGGCUAUAUACUAGGACGAGACCCCAAGCUUCUUCCUCCUCUGAUGAAACUGACAACAGAAAUGAUUGAUGGGAUGGGCGGUUCUAACUCGGAACAUUUUCAUGAUUUCAAAAAACUCUGCUACACAGCUUUCCUUGCAAUUCGAAGGUCUUCCAACUUGAUUUUGAACCUGUUCUCAUUGAUGGUUAGUGCCAACAUUCCAGAUAUCGCAAUCGAGCCAGACAAGACUGUCAAAAAGGUACAAGACAAGUUUGUGCUCCACCUGACUGAUGAAGAGGCGGUACAGUACAUGCAGAAUGUGAUUGAUGGCAGCGUCUCAGCCAUGAUGCCAAUCCUGGUAGAAAGGUUCCAUACCAUAGCACAGAAAUGGAGGAAAUAAAGAUGUUAAACUGUGGACAGGACAUGUGUGAUGAGGGGAGUGCAAUAUCUUGUUGAUAUCUUUUCAUUUUCUUGCAAACUUUGUGGUACAAACCUUGAAAUUUUGCGGUUAUGAAUGACUUGAUAAAAUGUUUUUGACAAAUUUAUUUUGAAAAUUGGAAUAAAAGAAUUUCCUAUA